CUGCAGGCCCACCUCUUUCCCCGGCCCAACACGCCCUCCCCCACCCUUCAAAAGCACUCUCGGUCGCGCUUUGUCUCUCCCAAGUCUCGACCAUGGAGCCAUGGCUGGAAGACUCGACGGACGACUCGAAAAGUAUGAGCUUCAACUCCACUACCACUGCCACCGACAUCAACCGCAGCACCAGCUCCGGCUCGGAGACCACUUGGACGACGGCUGCCUCUGGCGGUUUCCCACCCGCCACCUCCAAGCCUCACGCUUCCUCCGGUGACCCCUGCUGGGACGGCAUCCGCCGAGCCAGAUCCGAAUCUCCCGCCGGCGCGCUCUCCUUCUCCGACCUCCGAUUCGUCCAGCGCCUCGGCAGCGGUGACAUCGGCUCUGUCUACCUCGUCGAGCUUAAGGCUGCCGAAGGCUGCUCCUUCGCCGCCAAAAUCAUGGACAAGAAAGAACUCGCCGGCCGGAACAAAGAGGGACGAGCCAGGACUGAGCGUGAAAUUCUCGAAAUGCUAGACCACCCCUUCCUCCCCGCGCUCUACGCCACCAUCGACUCUCCGAAGUGCUCCUGCCUCCUCACCGAGUUCUGCCCUGGCGGCGACCUCCACGUUCUCCGGCAGCGCCAGCCGGCGAAGCGCUUCCACGAAUCCGCCGUCAGGUUCUAUGCAUCAGAGGUGGUGGUGGCCCUGGAGUAUGUUCACAUGAUGGGGAUCGUCUACCGUGAUCUCAAGCCUGAAAAUGUGCUAGUUCGAUCUGAUGGCCACAUCAUGCUCACUGAUUUUGACCUAUCGUUAAAAUGUGACCAUUCCACAUCAGUUGCUCAGAUCAUUUCUGAUCAAAAUCCACCCCUUGCACUCCCACCAAGUGAUUACCCGGCUGAUCCACCACCUUUCACCUCAUCCUCAUGCAUUCUUCCCAAUUGUAUUGUCCCUGCUGUCUCAUGCUUCCAUCCCAAGCGCAAGCGAAAGAAGAAGCCAGGCCAUCAUGGGGGGCCUGAGUUUGUGGCUGAGCCAGUUGAUGUUCGAUCAAUGUCAUUUGUUGGGACACAUGAGUAUUUGGCCCCUGAGAUUGUUUCUGGGGAGGGCCAUGGCAGUGCUGUAGAUUGGUGGACGCUAGGAAUAUUCAUAUUUGAAUUAUUGUAUGGAGUGACACCAUUUAGAGGUGUGGACAAUGAGCUAACCCUAGCUAAUAUUGUGGCUCGAGCCCUUGAGUUCCCUAAAGAGCCAUUGGUGCCUGCAACGACUAAGGACCUCAUCUCUCAACUGUUGGUUAAGGACCCUGCAAGGCGAAUGGGAUCCACAAUGGGUGCCUCAGCAAUCAAACACCACCCGUUCUUCCAAGGGGUCAAUUGGGCACUUUUAAGAUGCACGCCCCCACCAUUCAUCCCCCCACCUUUCAAUCGAGAUGUUGUAUCAGAUGAAAGUUGCCCGGAAACACCAAUGGACUAUUAUUAGUGAAAAACCUGGAAUCCUCACAACACACAUACAACUAAUGGCUUGAUUGUUGGAAAUGCAGCCUGCCAACACCUAGAAGUGAGCCAUUUUGAUUUAAGAACAGCUGCAUUUUCUCACUAUGCUCAUUGAGAAUCUAUCUGUGAGAAAAGGAAGAAAGCAUGUGAAGUUAUUGUGAAAAAAUAAAUGUUGCUAUCAUGGAAUUUGAAAAUUGGCAAGUCAUUGUUGGCUAGCAGGAAUAAGUCUCUCAUGUCUUUUUCUUGAUAUGUGACUGUGGGAAUAAGCCCAAAUAUUUAAUGAAUCAGCAUCGUUGGCUAGGCAAUAAUGCCUAAAAAAAAAAGAACAACUGGGGGUGUGAUUUCCCACUUUCACAUUGCUGUUGCCUUUUGUUCUCUUGGCUCUCAAUUUUUUAGUGAUAUGCAGGGUUGUUUCUCAAAUUCUCAUAGUCAAUGCUGGUGUUGGCGGCAUCAGAUCCUGACAAAGUACAUUAGACAAAGAUAUUGGGUGAGGAUGGAAGAGGCGGUGGCAUGGCAUGAUCGUUGUCCAUUGGGCUGGAGGGGGCCAGAGCGGGAUGGGCAGGCGAUGAUGGAACUGUGGUGGUGUGUCUAAUUGCGGAGAGCAUGGCCCCGCCCCAUGUGAAUUGUUUAGGGUAUAGGGAGAUGUGGGGUUGGGAAGAUGUCUAUGAGAGGUACCCCUCGACUCUUGUUUUUCUUUUUCAAGACCUCAUCACAUGAUGCUAGCAUUCUUCCUUAAUCAUUGUAUAAAAAGAAAAGAGAAGCUUGUACUCUU